CUUUAAUAUUUGCAUGAAGAAUGGACAACAGCAUGUCAAGGAGCACCGCACAGGCUUGCGCUGCUUGUAAGUUCCAACGUAGGAAGUGCGGUUCCAACUGCAUUCUCGCACCUUAUUUUCCUCAUGAUCGCCAAAAGCACUUCCUAAAUGCACGUCGCUUAUUCGGCGUUGGCAAGAUCACUAAUCUGCUUAAGCCCCUCGAUCCCAACGAGCGUGACAUCGCCAUGAGCACCAUCAUGUACCAAUCCGACAUGCGUGCUCGAGACCCUGUUGGUGGCUGCUACAAGCUCAUUCAGCACUUGCAGUCUCAGAUCGAAUACGCCAAUGCCGAGCUUCACCUUGUUCUUCAGCAUCUCGCUUUCUUUAGGGCACAGGCACAUCAAAAUAAUGACAUCUCCAAUGUCACUUCUUCUCAGCCUUUCCUUCAACAAAUGUCUCAAGAACAACAUCAACAAUACCAACAACAACAACAACAAUUCGAACAGCAGCAGCAGCAGCAACAAUUCGAACAACAACAAUAUGUUAAUUACAAUCCUUCCUUACAGGAAGACAUAAACUUGUGGGCGGUUCAGAACUCGAUAUCUCUGUUGCCCUUAUCGUUAGAAGAUGACAUCAACCAAGAUCCUGUUGUUGAUUAUGAUUAUGAUCAAAAGCCUGUUCUUGAAUUGAUGAAUAAAAUAGAAUCAGAUGCAACCGUUCAUCCACAUCAUAGGCACAUAUGGAUGAGGAUGUUGGAAGGUCAAUCGGCAGAUAUCUAUGGAUGCAAGUUGCAGGAAGAUCUCACAUCGUCUAUCUCAAUUUUGAGAAAACAACUUUUAUAUCUCUUGAAAAGUUUAAUAUGUGAUGAUGAAGCGGUUCUAUUUAAGGUAGACAAAGCAGUGUUGUAAAGAGAGGCUGAUUGCAUCAAAUAAAUUCAACCCAGCUCUGAAAGAGAUUAAAUAAUUCGUAUGAAAAGUGAUCGAUGGAUGGUUUUGCCAAUGAGACUUACAUGUUCAUACACAAGUAAACAUGGACGGGUUGGAGUAAAUGUCAGUUUCCAAUAAAACUUCAACGUCUCAGUUACAUUUUGAUUUCGGAAACCUGUUUUGAUUGAAGUGUUUUAAGACACAGAUGCCAGAACUAUUAGCACCUCAAGAAAAAUACAGUACUAUUUUAGAUUAUUUUAAUAAUUAGUAAUUAUGGAAAGACACGAGUUUAAUCUGAAGAAUGCCUAAUGUGAUAAUUGUAAGGCUUAAAAAAUUUAUUAAAGUUAGUGGGUAGCUGUUGUUUUUAGAAUUACUAAAAUCAAGUUACUCUCCUCUCUUUGACAUUAAAAGAGGGAAAAAAGGGUUUGAAAGAAGUUAUCAAUGAAGUUGGCGUUCCCUCUAUAUAACAUACUCUUUGAAAACUCUUUCACAUAAAAAAAACAUUGAAGAAAAAAAGAAAAGGCCAGGGGAUUAUCAAAGAUUUCUACGCCACCAUAGAAUCAAGGAAGGGAAGGAGAAGAGAGAAGAAAAGAGAGGAUUGAUUAAAGGAACCUUCAAGGUUGUA